AGAAAACUCCAGAAAACACAAGUAACAAGUAGACAUUUGCACUGUGCUGUCAUUUUAAUCUGUUUGAGCGGGGCAUGUGCGUUAAUUGCGUCAAAUAUUUUAACGUGAUUAAUUUAAAAAAUUAAUUACCGCCCGUUAACGCGAUCAUUUUGACAGCCCUAAAAAUAUAUAUUUUAAAUAGCAAAUAUGUUAAAGUUUUUAAGUAUGUAUCGAGUGGAACAUAAUAUUUAAUCAGACAAUGAGUAUAUAAAAAAAAUGUGAACGUAAAGUAAAAUAAAUUAAGGGUCAUUCAGGGGCCUCUAUGGUCCUGAGACCCGGUUGCGCACCUCUCCCCCCACCUCCCCCCACCGCACCCCACCCCCGCGGACGGGCUUGUCUGUUCCUGACGUUGUUUCGCUGUCAUGGUCAAUAAAGUUACAGCAAAAAAAACAAACAACAAAAACAAUACAUCUCAUUGGUUUUGCGAAUCACCUCAUAAAAACAAUGUCCCCAUUUAUCAUUUAUUUUUUUUAGCACAAUAUAAAAUACAGUAAAGCUUCCCGGGUUUCUAAUGUUCUGAAAUAUGACUUGAGCGUCAACGUCAAAGGCCUCCACGAAGAUGAGGGCGGGGUCCUAACUGCCGUUUUAGUAGUCCAUUAAAAUGCCCGAACUAAAACACUUCUUUUUUCCAAGAUGGCGUCGAUGAAGGACAGCGACACUGGCCUGUGGCUUCACAACAAACUGGGCUCCACGGACGAACUGUGGACGCCGCCGAGCAUCGCGUCGCUGCUCACCGUCUCCGUCAUCGACAACAUUCGCUUGUGCUUUUCCAGCUUGUCGCCGCCCGUCAAGCUCAAGUUGCUCCUGGGGAUGCUGCAUCUUCCCCGGCGGACCGUGGACGAGAUGAAGGAAGCUCUCUCGGAAAUCAUCCAGCUCGCGACGGUGGACUCGGAACCUUGGGUCCUGAUGGUGGCGGACAUCCUGAAAUCCUUCCCGGAGACGGGCUCCCUCAACCUGGAUCUGGAGGAGCAGAAUCCAAACGUGCAGGACAUCCUCGGCGAGCUCAGGGAGAAAGUGGGGGAGUGCGAGACGUCGGCCAUGCUUCCUCUGGAGUGCCAGUACCUAAACAAGAGCGCCUUGACCACCCUGGUGGGACCCCUGACGCCCCCGGUUAAACAUUUCCAGCUGAAGAGGAAGCCCAAGAGCGCCACCCUCAGAGCGGAGCUGUUGCAGAAAUCCACAGAGACUGCGCAGCAGUUGAAGAAGACUGCCGGAGUGCCUUUUCACGCCAAAGGGAGAGGUUUAGUCAAAAAGAUUGACACCACCACGCCUCUCAAAGGGAUCCCCAAGGCUCCAUUUCGCAGCCCGACAGCCCCGAGUAUGUUCAGCCCCCCCAGCAACCGUACCCCCAUCGCCCCAGCGCGCACACCCCUUCGCAAGGAGCGGGGGGUCAAGCUGUUGGAUAUCAAGGAGCUGAACAUGGUCGGAGCUGGAAGAGAGGCAAAAAGGCGGAGAAAGACUUUGGACACGGAAGCGGACGAGAAAGCAGCCAAAGAAGAAGCAGUUGUGGAAAACACCACACCGGAUUAUGCGGCAGGCCUCGUCUCUGCGCAGAAACUCGGGGCGCUUAAUGAGAACCCGCUACCGUCAACCAGCUACCUGCCGGCCACGCCCAGCAUGGUUCCUUCCUCCUCGUACAUUCCCAGCUCCGAGGCGCAACCAGCAAACGCGGGCGGUUCAGGCUGGGAUACGUUGCAGUCAACUCGCCAAUCGGAGGAGUCGGCGACGGCGGGCGCAGGCGCCCCCGCCGCUUCCCUCUCGGGCCAGUACAAGCAGAGGACGCCGAUGUACAACGCGAGCACCGCCGCCAACCCGGCAACACCGACGUCCCCCAGCACGCCUGCCUCCACGCCGGCCAGUAACGGGCCACCAGCCGCCGCCACCGCAGGUCAACCGGAGACGCCGGCUCAGCCGCCCAGCACGCCCCAGACGCCCACGCCCGCUCCUACGCCGCCUCAACCUCAGCCCAAGAAGAAUCUCUCGCUAACGAGGGACCAGAUGUACGCAGCUCAGGAGAUGUUCAAGACCGCCAACAAGGUCACCAGACCAGAGAAGGCCCUCAUUUUGGGGUUCAUGGCAGGAUCCAGAGAGAACCCAUGCCCGGAGCAAGGCGAAAUCAUCCAGAUCAAGCUGAGCGAGCACACGGAGGUGCUACCCAAAGCGGACGGCACCGGCAGCACCACCAUGCUGGUGGACACGGUCUUCGAAAUGAACUACUCCACGGGUCAGUGGACCCGCCUGAAAAAGUACAAGCCCAUCACCAACACAUCCUGAGAGCUGCGACAGGCGGACUUCACUCAAUCACCGUCACAUUCAAGAGUCGGAACCCAACCGAGCGCCCGGGGACCAAACUAAAGGAGAGAAGGUCCUUCCUCCGCGCGAGUUCACGCGGAAUCUUAUUUUCGUUCACCCCUUCGUUCUGUUCCGGCGUCGAGCGCUUCCUCCCCUUUUUUCCAAACAAAACAAAAUAAAGUGACCGCAGACUGUUAACACUUUUGUACGACUGGGAGUGAAUUCAAAGCAUGACUAGGAGUCUUGAGAAAAAAAAUCUCUUUAUUUGAAUUAAAUAGGACGUUAAUUCGAAAGCUGAUCACCUAAGAAGUUCCCAGAUUUGAAUAGCACUACGCCAUCAUUUAAAAUUUUAGUCAGUUACAUUCAGUGUCAUACUCUUUUGGCUACCAUCAACUGCGCUAGACGUCCAAUCCAACUAGUGAUGCUCAUUCCGACUCAAAGAAACAUCAGCUGGCGUGAGGUUCCCUCCAGCCUCCGAAAGCCUUCUCCAAGUACAGCGCCACGGCGAGGGGCAACCGGUCCUGAAGCUUCCCGCUCACCACCUGCACCCCCAUGGGAAGACCGUCCUUGUUUAGCCCCAAAGGACACUGGGUGACCGGCAAACCCAGAACGUUCAAGAUCCCUAGGGAAAGAAAACUAUUUAUAUAUCGACACAAGACCACCAACGGUUCUCUAGCAUACCAGUGUAGGCGAAGUCCAGGGGUCUAAAAAGCAGGUGGUGGUGCUUGGGGGCUACCCUAGGAUGCGACGGGUAAAAAAGCACCCCGUCGGUACCCAGCAGAUCGUCCACAUCCUUCUGGAGUUUUUCCUUCAUCUUGAUGAGGAAGCUGGAAUGACCGGAAGCCGACUUCAUCUCCAUGAUGGCUAGACCUUCAAACAAAGUAGAGUCAAACCAUGAAGACGAUUCUGUUUAGACAUUGAUCUGCGCUCACUGAUGGCGGCGACGGUAUGGUCGGAUUUUCCCAGCAUGCUUUUCAACGCCUCCCACAAGGGCCACACCGGCCGGCCCGGCUUUCCCAACUCCACGGCGAACGGAACCGGAGGCUGCAAGUGGAGAGUUAAUCGUUGAAUCGGCCAGGGUACGGUUCUACAUCUCCUCGCACCUUGCCCUCUUUGUCCGGAAGACUCAUGUAGGCGUCCCAGAUUCGGAAGCCAUACCGGAACUCGGGGAAGCGCACCUCUUGGACCGACACCCCUAGAUCCGCUUGGAGUCGCUCCACAACCUGAAUAGGAACAAGAGUUGAAAAGCAGUUUAAAGUUCUGUGCGGUACUUGUUUUGCGCUAACAGCAGGGGUUCAACAGGAUCCGGCACUUCUUGAUGUUGGCCUCCCUGUGUUCCGGGACUCAUUUGGGCAGAUCCGGCACCUCUUGUGUAUAGAAAACAAUAAUAUAAAAACGUUUUUUAAAAAUGUAUAAAAAAAUUGAUAUCCAUUAGGGUUGUUCCGAUCAUGUUUUUUUGCUCCCGAUCGUUUUAGUUUGAGUAUCUGCCGAUCCCGAUAUUUCCCGAUCCGAUUGCUUUUUUUUGCUCCCGAUUCAAUUCCAAUCAUUCCCGAUAAUUUUUCCCGAUCAUAUACAUUUUGGCAAUGCAUUAAGAAAAAAAUGAAUAAAACUCGGACGAAUAUAUACAUUCAACAUACAGUACAUAAGUACUGUAUUUGUUUAUUAUGACAAUCCUCAAGAUGGCAUUUACAUUAUUAACAUUCUUUCUGUGAGAGGGAUCCACGGAUAGAUAGACUUGUAAUUCUUAAAGGAUAAAUGUGACUUUGUAUAUUGUGACUAAAUAUUGCCAUCUAGUGUAUUUGUUGAGCUUUCAGUAAAUGAUACUGUAGCCAUGCCCAAAUGCAUGAUGGGAAGUGCAACUAUGACUGUGCGUA